UUUAGCUUUUGUUUUCUGAUCAUCAGCUAAUAAGCUCUGAUAUAUCAUUUGAUUUUGGUUCCCUAAACCAUUUUCUGUUUUGGGAGGGCCACCGUCAAAGCUCGGUUCCCGAUGCAGAUCCGAGGAGGCGCACCUGUGUGCUUCUUUCUCUAUUUGUUAUUUGUCGUCAGUUUUUGGAAUGCGGAUGGCAAAACAGUCGAGGUUGUCGGGAUUGGCGAGUGUGCAGAUUGCGCAGAGAAUAACUUCGAGACUAGCCAGGCAUUUUCAGGGCUUCGUGUAAACAUAGACUGCAAGCCAGAAGACGGGAAGUAUUUCAAGACACGAGGUUCGGGUGAGGUUGAUAAGCAUGGGAAUUUUAAGGUAUCACUUCCCGAUGAUAUGGUUAAAGAUGGGGAAUUGAAGGAAGAAUGCUAUGCGCAGCUUCAUAGUGUAUCGGCUGCACCUUGUCCCGCUCAUGACGGUGUGGAGUCGACCAAGAUCGUGUUGAAGUCCAGUAGCGAUGAGAAACACAACUUGGGGUUGAAAGGAAGGCUCAGGUUCUCGCCUGUAACGUGUGCUUCGGCCUCCUUCUGGCCUCACUUUAAGUUCCCUCCGUUGCCGAAGUGGCACCAUCCUCCAUUGCCUAAGUGGAACCAUCCUCCUUUGCCAACGUUUCCACUUCCGCCAUUGAAUGGAUUUCCCCACCAUCACCCCAUAUUCCCUCCCAUCUACAAGAAACCUCUUCCACCCCCGGUUCCGGUGUACAAGCCCCCGCCAGUUCCUGUAUAUGAAAAACCACUUCCUCCACCUGUUCCAGUUUAUAAACCUCCUCCUGUUCCUGUUUACAAAAAACCACUCCCUCCACCUGUUCCGGUCUAUGAACCUCCUCCAGUUCCAGUAUACAAAAAACCACUUCCUCCACCUGUUCCGGUUUAUAAACCUCCUCCUGUUCCUGUUUACAAAAAACCACUCCCUCCACCUGUUCCGGUCUAUGAACCUCCUCCAGUUCCAGUAUACAAAAAACCACUUCCUCCACCUGUUCCAGUCUAUAAGCCUCCACCAGUUCCAGUCUAUAAGCCUCCACCAGUUCCAGUAUACAAGAAGCCACUUCCUCCACCAGUUCCAGUAUAUAAAAAGCCACUUCCUCCCCCAGUUCCAGUAUACAAGAAGCCACUUCCUCCACCAGUUCCAAUCUAUAAGCCUCCGCCAGUUCCAGUAUACAAGAAGCCACUUCCUCCACCAGUUCCAAUCUAUAAACCUCCUCCGGUUCCAGUAUAUAAGAAACCACUUCCUCCGCCAGUUCCAGUAUAUAAGAAGCCAUUUCCUCCACCAGUUCCGGUGUACAAGAAGCGACUUCCUCCUCCAGUUCCAAUCUACAAGCCUCCACCAGUUCCGGUGUAUAAGAAGCCACUUCCUCCUCCAGUUCCAAUCUACAAGCCUCCGCCAGUUCCGGUGUAUAAGAAGCCACUUCCUCCUCCAGUUCCAAUCUACAAGCCUCCUCCAGUUCCCGUAUAUAAGAAACCAUUGCCUCCACCCGUUCCGGUGUACAAACCUCCUGUAUACGAACCACCUCCGACUCCAGUCUAUACGAAACCGCUUCCACCACCUGUUCCUGUAUACAAGCCAAAACCCCUCCCUCCCAUUCCUUACAAGCCACUCCCUCCACUUCCCAAGAUCCCUCCAUUCCCUAAGAAGCCAUGCCCUCCCCUUCCUAACCUUCCUCCCCUUCCCAAGAUUCCUCCAAAGAAUUUCGCCCACCCUCCCCUACCAAAGCUUCCUCCUCUCCCGAAGAUUCCUCCCAAGUACUUCCACCACCACCCAAAGUUCGGAAAAUGGCCUCCAUUGCCACCCUUUUCUCCCCAUCAUCCUUAAGCUUUUGUAGUGAUAAAAGGUUAUCGUCUUAAGCUAUCAAAGAAGGUUAGUGUGAAGAAGUUGUCCAGAAGUAUGGCAAGCAAUAAAAGUAUUUUGAAUGAGAGACGAAUGAAGAAAACACGCACAAAAAAGUUCAAAUCAAGAGUGAAAUUCUUAAUUUAUUGUUUAUAUGUCAUUGUUAAUUAAUGUGUGAAUUUCU